UUGCGCCGGGAAAAUGUGGAAAAUUCAGACCAGUCAGUCGGGUCGCGCGGCCGUUGCAACACGCGCCGUCACGCUGAAAUGUAGCACGGCUAAAUCAAACUUUUGGUCUGUUUUUCAAUCAUAUCUUAAAUUAAUUGUUGAUAAAAUUUACAAAUUCAGUGUUUCGUUUGAUAUGUUUUACUAUAGUGAAAGAAUUUACACACAGUGCCAGUAUAAUGUCAAAAUACUAGUGGCGGGAAACAGUUUUGAUAUCUCGCUUGACGUGUUGUGUCCUAUGUGUACGUAGAGAGAGCAGCCGUCUGCCCUGCUGGGCGGCCGACAUGCUGGAUUCGCCGUGAAUCGAUAUUUUUGGAGCGUUGUUUAGCUGAGACCAUGGGGUCUAAGGCUCGAUAAAGGAGCGACAAUGGAAAAUGGGAGAAGAGAGGAACAAUGACGCGAUGCAGGGGUCGGGUGCGAUGACCCCGGCGCGCCCCGCGGGCCGGCCUGCGCCCGCGCCGCCCCGCCCGCGCGCCCCGCCGCCGCCGCCGCUCACGCCCAUCAUCGCUAACUACACGCUUAUUAGGCUAUGUCUACAUUUUCUCCGGGUGUCUCACUUCCAUCGAGGAGACACCGCGAUCCCUCUCCCGCGAGUGAACUUUAAUUUUUCAAAGCGUCCGCUAGUCAAAUUAAAAGCAUGCAUAGCAUGUAGUUUACGAACUAGGACAAUGUGUUACGAUAUAGUAUUGUUAUUAGUUAAAGCGAUAGUGCAAUUAUGUAGUGGUAUGGGGCGGGUGUGCGCGUGGGGCGGGCGGCGCGGUCGGGCGCGCUGGCUGGGCGCGCUGGCGCUGGCUGCGGCGUGCGGCGGCGGCGCGGCGCGGCGGGAGGACGACCUGCACAUCGGGGGCAUCUUCCCCAUGGAGGGCGAGGGCGGCUGGCAGGGCGGCCAGGCCUGCAUGCCCGCCGCCGACCUGGCGCUGGCCGACGUCAACGCGCGCUCCGACCUGCUCUCCGGGUUCAAGCUGCUGCUGCACAGCAAUGACAGCAAGUGCGAGCCGGGGCUGGGUGCGAGCGUGAUGUACAACCUGCUGUACAACCCGCCGCAGAAGCUGCUGCUGCUGGCCGGCUGCUCCACGGUCUGCACCACCGUCGCCGAGGCCGCUAAGAUGUGGAACCUUAUGGUGUUGUGCUACGGCGCGUCGUCGCCGGCACUGUCGGACCGCGCGCGGUUCCCGACGCUAUUCCGCACGCACCCCUCGGCCACCGUGCACAACCCCACCCGGAUCAAGCUCAUGCAGAAGUUCGGCUGGUCGCGCAUCGCCAUCCUGCAGCAGGCCGAGGAGGUCUUCAUAUCGACGGUAGAAGACCUGGAGGCGCACUGCAAGAAGGCGGGCAUCGAGAUCGUGACCCGGCAGUCGUUCCUGUCGGACCCGGGCGACGCCGUCCGCAACCUGCGGCGGCAGGACGCGCGCGUCAUCGUGGGCCUGUUCUACGUGGUGGCCGCGCGCCGCGUGCUGUGCGAGGUCUACAAGCACCGCCUCUAUGGGAAGUCCUACGUCUGGUUCUUCAUCGGUUGGUACGAAGACAACUGGUUCGAGACGAACCUGGAGCGCGAGGGCAUCGAGUGCACGGUGGAGCAGAUGCGCGAGGCGGCCGAGGGGCACCUCACCACGGAGGCGCUCAUGUGGAACCAGAACGCCAACCAGACCACCAUCUCCGGGAUGACGUCAGAGGACUUCAGGUCCAGACUAAACGAGGCUCUGCGCGAGGCCGGCUACGACAUCGACGGCGAGCGCUUCCCGGAAGGAUAUCAAGAAGCGCCUCUAGCAUACGACGCAGUCUGGGCAGUCGCAUUAGGUAAAACACCCUGUAUUCCACUCUACAUAAGGUUAAAUAUCGAAAAUGAUACAACAACUAAAUCUUUUCCCGCAGCAUUCAAUAAAACUAUGGAGAAACUGGCAAAGAGCGGUCUCAGCCUCAAGAACUUUACAUAUACGAACAAGAAAAUUGCCGAUGAUAUUUAUGAAGCCAUCAAUUCCACGUCUUUCCUUGGAGUGUCUGGUCUGGUAGCGUUCUCGUCGCAGGGCGACCGGAUAGCGCUGACGCAGAUCGAGCAGCUGUCCGACAACCACUACGUGAAGCUGGGCUACUACGACACGCAGGCCGACAACCUCACGUGGCUGGAGCGCGAGCGGUGGGUCGGAGGCAAGGUGCCGCCGGACCGCACGGUGGUGGUGACGGAGCUGCGCACGGUGUCGCUGCCGCUGUUCGCGUGCAUGACGGCGCUGUGCAUCGCGGGCUCGCUGGCCGCCGCCGGGCUGAUCGUGUUCAACGUCAUGCACCGCCACCGCAGAGUGAUCCAAUGGUCGCACCCGGCGUGCAACACGGUGAUGCUGUGUGGGUGCUGCGUGUGCUUCGCGGCGGCGGUGGCGCUGGGCGUGGACGGGCGCUGGGUCAACCCGGACGCCUUCUCCGCAGUCUGCGCAGCGCGCGCCUGGCUCCUGGCCACCGGCUUCUCCAUGGCUUACGGGGCCAUGUUCACGAAGGUGUGGCGAGUGCAUCGACAUACGACUAAGCCGAAGAUGGAGUCGAAGAAGCGGCACGGCUGGAAGCUAUACUCCAUGGUGGGCGGGCUCCUCGCCCUAGACGCGUGCCUGCUGACGGCGUGGCAGGCGCGGGACCCGCUGCGGCGCCGCGUGGAGACCUUCCCGCUGGAGGCGCCGCGGCACCACACCGACGACGUGCACAUCCGCCCCGAGCUCGAGCACUGCGAGAGCGAGCAUAAUGCUGUGUGGCUCGGCGUGAUGUACGGCUACAAAGGCCUAGUGCUAGUCUUCGGGCUAUUCCUCGCGUAUGAGACUCGCUCAGUGAAGGUCCGCCAGAUCAACGACUCGCGCUACGUGGGCAUGAGCAUCUACAACGUGGUGGUGCUGUGCCUCAUCACGGCGCCUGUGAUCCUGGUCAUCGCCAGCCAGCAGGACGCCGCCUUCGCCUUCGUGUCGCUAGCCAUCGUGUUCUGCUGCUUCCUUAGUAUGGCGCUCAUAUUUGUGCCGAAGGUGAUCGAGGUCAUCCGUCACCCGACGGAGCGCGCGGAGAGCGGGCGCGGCUCGGGCUCGGGCUCCGCGCCGGCCGACGAGGAGCGCUACCGGGACCUGCUCAAGGAGAACGAGGAGCUGCAGCAGCUCAUUGCACAGAAAGAGGAGCGCAUCCGCGUGCUGAAGCAGAAGGUGGCGGAGCGCGAGGCGGCGGCGGCGGAGGCCCCCACAGAUGUACAGGAUGAGCACAUCUGAGGCAAACUGCGAAUAAUUACUAGGUUCUGUCUCUACGAAAUCGUUCUUUGUAGUAUUUUUGAAGCAUGUGUUAACUCAUAAGAAAUAAAGUGUUCUUAUAUAAAUUAGACAAUUGAUGUUUAAGGAACCUUAUGAUGAAUAACUGUGCUCGUUUAAGAAUUAGACUCGUUUUAGGUAGUAAGAAACCGGUUUGUUUUAAGUGUCGUUUAGUGAAAUAUAAUGAAUGAUUAGAUUCAAGAACAGUGUCCAUCCCCGUUGGGGUAGGGCCAGCAAUGUGGUAAACAAUUGAUUCACCAGUCUGAAUCAUAAUCUACAAAUUUUCAUUAUGAUAAAACCUGUGAAUUGUAUUAGAUAGUAUCUCAUUAUUCUUCAUAGGAACUAUUAACAGCUUUCAUGUUUCUACGAUAUGUCCUUUUAUAUACUUACGUAAAAAUGGAAACGUCAUCCUAUUUAUUUCAAUAAAUCAAAAGCAUGUUAUUAUACCUACACAGUUACUAGGACAUAUCACUUAAUAUAAAUCAAGAUACACAUUGCGUCUCCACAAUGGGUCUGCCCUGGAGCCGUGACCUCAUGACUCAUGACACUCUUUGUGAAACGGAGAGAUAUGUACAGUGCGUGGUGCCAAAACUUUAAAACAGUUUCUGUAUUCGUAACUUCUAAUUUUCUCAAAACUAAUUAUAUAAGUUUAAGACGAAAGUCUUCGUUAGUUAGGCUCAACUCAGUAUAGUAUAAUUACCUAUCUAUAUAAAUAUACCUUACACCUUUAACGAUAAAACUAAUCAUAAACUUACAGAUAUGUCACAGCACUGCCAGUUAAUUUUACAUGAUAUUGUAGAUGACAAAACAUUAGUGAUAUGUACUCGUAUGUAGUGUUAUAAUUAUUAUAUCAAUAACUGAAUGAAUUGUUUAUAUAAAUUCUAGAUCAAAAAAUGUCGUUAACGAUAUUUCUAAUCCAUUGGAAGCCAUUUACUUAAUUUCGUAUAAAAUGUGUAGGGAAUAAAUGAUACAGUAUCUACAUGUUUGGCGAAGAAUGUGGGCUGCAGUCGGUGGGCUGUAGUUACAGAGCGGGCUGCGGGCUCGCGGCGCGGGGCGGCGGCGGCGGCGGCGGCGCGGCCUCCGCCAGCGCAUCAUGCUCUGUUACGUAACUGUAUGAAAACAUUCCGGAAAAACGACGCUCUAUUAUACAUUAAUGUUUGCUCCAAGGAACACUGUAAACGUUAUAACGGAAAUAAACAUUAUCUCCAAGGUCAUCAGAGUCACUUUUGAAUGGUUACAAAAUGUAAGACACUUUCCGACUUGCAAAGUUUCAGCCACUUGUCUUGUUUAUUGCGAGCUGCUGCGGCACUUGUGCUAUCUUCUUAUCACAGUUUUUUAUUGUUCUUACAAAAAUAUCCUUGAAGGAUCUCUGUGCAAGUUGUGUUAGUGGCUGUCUUAAGAUCUUGGCCUUAGUCACAAUAGAUUUGACUGCAUAGAAUGUAUACCUAACUGAUAGUAUUGCCGUAAUUGUUGUCUAAAUUGUUUGUAUUAUAAAUUAUACAGUUUAUAUUAUAUACUACGUUAACACGUUCAAAAUUUUAAAGGCAGAUAAAAACGAAUCAAUUUUAUAGUUUCUUUACAAUUCCGUCGGUGGAGAAAGGUCAAUAAGUGUUUGAUUUGUUCAACAAGUAUGUUAAAAUUUGUCUUCGUUGUUUUUGUUCCGACUGUUUACUAGAUUUUAUGAAUAGUUGUUUGCGACAAUUCUCCUUUGACGGGAUAGUGUUGUACCUAGUUAGAAAAACUUAGUCAGUUAGCAAAAUGUAAUAGUUAAGCUUGGUAAUUGGUCGGCUUUACUUUCCUGUGAUCUCUGAGUUUGGUUGUAUUCAAUGUUUCACCGAAUAGCCAUCACUAUGUAAAUAAAGAAUCAUUGAUUGAUCUGAAUGUUA